CCUUUUUUUGACUUUCACCACUAUCGCAUUUCCUUAAUUUCACACUCUUUGAAUCAUCGCGCACCACAGUUUUAGUUUUUUUGUUAAUUCCAAUUCUUCCUUUUUCCCAAUUUUAUUUUAUUUCAUUUUUUCAUCAUCUUCUUCCUUUACCUUCUUGAACAAUCGGGGAUUUCCUUCGAUUGGGCUGAUCUACUUCAUCCCUUAAACGGGCAGUUCCCUGAUCUCGAAUUUCGAAGCAAUUCGAUCACAGGUGAGCUUUUUCCGCCGUCGAAUUUGUGUGAAAUUAAGCUCGACUGUUCUCGCAAGAUGUGGUGAUGUCGGAAGCUGGUUGCGCAGUUUUGAUGGUCGGAAUUUGGGCAUAUGAGACUGAUUAAACAGCGAAUUUUGCGGUGCUAUUGAUUUUUGUCGGAAUUUGUUAUGGGUUGCUUUCCUUGCUUUGAAUCAUCAAAGGAGGAAGCUAAUAACGGCGGUAAUGGAGGAGUGAAAGAGGUUGGGAAGAAGGACUCGUUUAAAGAAGUUUCAGCAGCAAACAAUAGAUUAAGCUCAGAUAAAUCAAGAUCUCGGAAUAGCAAUGAUUCGAAGAAGGAUACAGUUCCCAAAGAUCCGAAUAUCCCUGCUCAAACCUUCACAUUCCGUGAGCUUGCUGCUGCGACGAACAACUUCAUGCCGGAAUGCUUGCUUGGUGAAGGAGGGUUCGGACGGGUGUACAAAGGUCAAUUGGAGAGCACGGGACAGGUAGUCGCAGUAAAACAGCUCGAUCGGAAUGGCCUUCAAGGGAAUAGAGAAUUUUUGGUUGAGGUUCUCAUGCUUAGUCUCUUACACCAUUCGAAUCUUGUGAAUUUGAUAGGAUAUUGUGCGGACGGCAACCAACGUCUUCUAGUGUACGAAUAUAUGCCAUUGGGAUCGCUGGAAGAUCAUUUGCACGAUCUUCCGUUGGAUAAAGAGCCGUUGGACUGGAAUACGAGAAUGAAGAUUGCCGCCGGUGCGGCAAAGGGGUUGGAAUAUCUGCACGACAAAGCCAAUCCGCCCGUCAUAUACCGUGACUUGAAAUCGUCCAACAUUCUUCUCGAUGAAGGGUACUUUCCAAAAUUAUCGGAUUUCGGACUUGCGAAACUCGGCCCUGUCGGCGACAAAACUCACGUCUCUACGAGGGUGAUGGGAACUUACGGAUAUUGCGCUCCGGAGUACGCGAUGACCGGUCAGCUCACCUUGAAAUCCGACGUCUACAGUUUCGGUGUCGUCUUGCUCGAAAUCAUCACCGGCCGAAAGGCGAUCGACAACACAAAACCUUCGGGGGAGCAAAACCUCGUCGCCUGGGCGAGGCCACUUUUCAAGGAUCGACGAAAGUUCCCGAAAAUGGCCGACCCUUUAUUACAAGGACGAUUCCCGAUGCGCGGACUCUACCAGGCGCUCGCUGUCGCGGCCAUGUGCUUGCAGGAGCAAGCGGCGACAAGGCCGCUAAUCGGGGAUGUGGUGACGGCUCUGACGUAUCUCGCGUCGCAGACGUACGACCCGAACAUGCCGUUUGCGCAGAGCAACAAAGUCGGCCCGUCGACGCCGCGUGCGCGGCGAAACAUGUCGGACGGAGUGAACAGCCCGGGAGGGCAUCACGGAUCGCCGUCGUCAAAGUACAAGAACUCACCGGAUUACCGGAAACGGGAGCUCAACACCGGCGCAGAGUUAGGAAGGAUCGACACUAGCGGCGGCGGCGGCGGAGGGUCCGGCCGGAAAUGGGGAUUGGACGAUCCCGAUCGUCCGGGGUCGCAACGUGAUAGCCCUCUGAGCGGUGGCGGCGGGAGGGCGAGAGAAACUCCGAGGAAUUGGGAGCUGGACAGGGAGCGGGCUGUGGCGGAGGCGAAGGUGUGGGGAGAGAACUGGCGGGAGAGGAAGAAGAUGAAUAAUGCCAUGGGGAGUUUCGACAAUACGUUCGAGUGAUGGUCGCCGGGACAUUACCUGUCCGGUGUUGUUGUCGGGAAACAAAUCUUUGUGGUAGAGAUGUGAUGAGGUAUGUCUGUAAGGUUUGGUAUUGCCAUUGGCAUUUGUAGGGAUGAAUGGAUGUUGUAUGGGACGUGACUGUUGAGGAGGAGAAUUAAUGUUUCCUUUCUUUGUA